AAAAUGUCGGCCAAACUAAAGAAGCGGCUGUUGAAAUUAGAAAAUAAAGUAAUAAAAUUGGAAAAAUUGCAGUUAAAGGAUGUCGUGUGUUCAAUUUGUCAAUCAAUUCUCAUAGAACCUGUAACUUUGCCGUGUAAGCACUAUUUCUGCCAACACUGUUUCAAUGGCAGCGUAGAAAAUAAUGCUUUGUGUUGUCCUCUUUGCCGACUUCGAAUAGGAUCUUGGUUGAGAACAGCAACAAAACAAAAAAAUCUAGUGAAUGUGGAACUCUGGGAGUAUAUACAAUCUAAGUUUUCAAAAGAAAUUGAUGUCAAGUUGAAGGGUGAAGAUGUAAUUGUGCCUGACGAAAAAUAUUUACCACCUCGACUGAGUGCACCUGGAGAAAUAAGGUCUGAAUAUGAGGCAGAGCUAAAGAGAUUGAAGGCUGAACGCUUACUACUAGAACAAAAGCACAUGCAAGAGACUGAACUUCUAAUUAAAAAAAUACAAGAAGAAGAGCAAGAAUCUCAGAAGAAAUACUUGGAGCGACUAAAACAAGAUGAAGUUUUAGCAAAGCAGCUAGUGCAACAAGAACCUGUCAAAGCUGUCAUGGUGACCGGAAAGACCAGUAGAGUCAAUGCUGCCAGACCACGGCUUAAGGCAACUAAGAUUGAUGGAUACUUGUCUCGAGGACAGAUAGCUACUGUUUCUACUAUUCCAGCUCCCAGAGACAGUCCCUUGUUAACUGAUGACAGCACAAAUUCAGACUCAACUUGCAAAGCGACCAUAAAAUCGAAUAGCAGGGCAUCACCUGAAGUGGUACCAAGUUAUGGUAAAAUCAUUAAAAAUUUAAUAGAUCACAAAGUCAAAACUGGCUCCAGUUUCUGGAAUAAAGAAAAUGGAAAAAGAGACAAGGAAAAAAUGAAUGAGAAGCCAGACGAUGUUCACCCUAGUCAAAAAGAAACUGAAAACAAUGCAGAAGGUGUCAACGAAAAAACUACAGGUGUUGUAAAAUCGCUACUUGUGUCCUUGCCUCUUCCACAAUCAGGGAUUUUACAACAUAAAUCUAAUAUCACUGAAAAUAAAAACCCUGAAUCAAGUAGAAGUUUGGAAAAAAAUAAUUUGGACAAACAAAAAAUAGAAAUAUACAAAUGUUUGGAAAAACAGAAGCCGGAGAAUUGCAGAAAUCUGGAAACAGGGAGUGUAGAUUCCAUGAGGCUGGAGUUGUGUUAUUUCAAGCCCAUUGAAAAGACAUGUACUACAGGUGUCAAAACCAAUAAAAGUAUCCCGUUGCGAGUGCCCAGCGUGCGCGCCGACUUGGAGUCGACGGAACCUCCCCGGAGAACGCCACCCAGUCGCACGCAGUACAUAGAAGGGCUCUGUCAUCUUCGUAACAUAUCGCUAUCUAAAAACCUACCCUCCGCAUUUGUAAUAGCACUCAACAUACUUAGAGUGAAACAGGAAAGUGCUAGAAGCAAUGAAAGCAGAAUGACAUUAAAGCGACCGAUUCAGUGCAAUACGUUAAAAACACCCCCAAAGAAAAAAGCGCAAAAGUCCAAACAAUGUAUCCAAGUAGACGGCAUUGUCAAUGUCGAAACGAAUUUGCGACGCACCAGAUCUAUGGGCUCCAUAGCAAAAGACGAAAAUGAGACAACACCUAAGAAAGCUAAAAUUCAUGAAAGAGAAGUUGUCUCUGAGCGUAAGCCGCGUUUGAGAAGUGACACUAAGAAACUGGAUACCAAAAACCGACACCAUAGCCCACCAUUAAUUUCCAAAACCAUUAAUAACAAUAAAGUCAAUUUAGCUGUGAAGAAUUUAUCUAGUCCUUUAAAGAACUGUGAUGUUAAGAAAAUACUAGAGGAGCAGCUUAGGAUUGAAAAAUUGAUAGAACAAGAAAAGAACGACAUGGAGCUGGCGCGAAAGAUGGACGCGGAGUGGAACGGUAGACGACACCUGCGCCGAGCACCAGCCAAGCGGCAGGUGACUAUCAACUAUGCUCUUAGACCUCCUAAAAAAGUUAAAGUCUAAUUAGGGCACCAAGAGAUGAGCUACAUAUCAACACGUUUCAGCGUCGCACUGAUACCAACUGACAUUAUAUUAUAAUACUUAGAAUGACAUUUGUAUCUACUACCUACAUCAUUGAUGUUAAUGUAUUUAGCUAUCAACAAUGCGGUUGCAAUUGAAAAUAAAAUGUAUAGUGUAAUGCAUAAAGAAACCAUAUAUAAAAUUCCUCAUUUUCUACUUUUAAACCUAAAGUACGUUAACUUCAAGUACUGAUUUUGCUAAUUACA